GUCAUAUAUAAAGACAGCAGCAGCAGCAGAAUCAGAAUCAGAAGCUUCUCUGCUUCAGGAAGAAUCCGGUUGACCUGCAGAGAAAAGAAGAAGAAAGUGGAUAUAAACCUGAAGCUGCUGCCAGGAGGAACAAAGAAAGUAAAGUUUAAACUGCCUGGAUUUAUUUUCUGCUUCUGAAUCAAGAAGAAAAAGUGAGGAAAGAAGAAGAAUCGGCCAAAAGGAGGACACAGAGAUGCAAAUAAAGACGGAAUAAUAGAAGAAAACUGCUUGUUUUUCCUGCAAAUCCAGAAAAAAAGGAAGAAAUUAGAUAAAGGAGAGACGGGUUUUAUCUGAGUGGAAGAUGCUGCAGUUCUCUCAGCUUCAGGUCUAGACAGAGAAGAAUAACAACAACAACAAAUAGAAGAAGAAGAAACUAAAGAAAAAGAAGAAGAUAAAGUAGAAGAACAACAAACAGAAGAAGAAGGAGGAGGAACAUCAUCUUCUGCAGCAGAAGUUCAACCUCAGAAAUGAUCCAAAAGUGAAGAACUAAGGACAAGGAGGUUUGGAAAUCAGAAAAAAAAACAGAAAACAGAAAAAGGAUGAACCACGAGGAGAAGCAAGUGUAGAGAAAGUAGAGACCCGCCACAAUAAAAGCAGGAUUGAUCAGAUUUAAAGAGAAGCUGAGAGCUGAGCUUCCAUGAUGGACUUUCUUCUCCUCCUGCUGCCCGUCAUCGUCCUCUUCCAGGCGGCUGACCCGGCGGCCGGCUUGUCUCCGGCCCGGUUGGAGCGUUGGGUCCGGUCGGGCCUCCAGUCGCUGCAGUGGGACCAGCUGGACCGGUGUCUCCGCGUGUCCUCGCUGUCCGAGUCCGAGUGCCGGAGACUCGCCCACCUGCCGCCGUCCGCCGUCGCCGUCUACGUCUCAGAGCCUCCAACAGCUGCAGGUUCUCCAGAUAAAGUCGUCUCCAUCCUGCCCGACUCCUCCGGAGGUUCGGUCGGUUCGAAGCCUCGGGGAGGUUUCGGUGUUGGUCCGGUUCUGAACGGAGGAGAAGCUCCUCUUAGACACCAGCAGCCUCUGACCGGAUCCACGGCCCACGACGCCGUUCUGGUUCUGGACCCGAGUCCCGGAGAGAACUUCGGACACCCGGUGGUUCUGUUCUACGUGGACGUAAACGUGACCAAGAAGAGGUGCUCCCACCUGGACGGCAUCUACCUGGGUGACGAGUGUCUGACUCUGGCUCUGAAGGGCCGCUGUCAGAACCAGCUGAAGCGUCGCCAGGCGGCGCCGGAGAGGCUCAUGAGUAACGGUCGGCUGGGGGGCGGAGCUCUUCGCGGCGGCUCCAUCGGCGCCGGCGGUGGAAGCCGUCUGGUGGAGCGAACCAUCGGAGGACUCUGCGAGGUCCACUUCCUCCCCCUGGUGGUCGGAGUCGGAGACGGCAACAGGACGCAGAGGCUCAGAUGUGUCGAUCAUGCAGAGUUUGCCAUGUGUCCUCAGCCGCUGCCCAUCAGUUCUCCCAGUUUGCCGGUUUCGAGCUGCGAACUGAACAAAAACACCCGACGCUGCCACCAGCAGCCUCUGGCCACCCACCUGUCCUGCCGCCUCUACCAGACCUGCGACCACGCUGUACUCAUCUCAGGCGGCUGGCGGCAGCAGAUGACGUUCCAGCGGCACGUCCAGAACCUGCAGAGGUUCUACAAAAUGCUCCGGAACAACGGCUUCCACAAAGAUCACAUCAAGACCUUCUUUGCCAGCAGCGGGCAGCUUCCAGAUGAUGUGGAGGGCGUCUACUCGGCGACGGAGAAGGCGGUGAUUCGUAACCACGUGUCGUAUGUCUGCAGAAAGCAGCACUGCGCCGACACUCUGGUUCUGUACCUGAACUCACCGACACGCAACGACGGCACCAUGCUGCUGUGGGACGCCAACCUCAACGGCAUUGCCGAUCUAAAGGAGCGAUACUCUGUCAACGAGCUGCUGGCCGACCUCGCCGGCUGCAAGGCGACUCGUGUCCUGCUGUUCAUGGACCAGAGCUACAGCGGUGUUCUGUCCAAGAGGCUGCGAGGCUCCCAGAAACACCUCAAUGUGGUUCUGAUCCAGAGUCUGGCCCGGCAGAGCAACGCCCACCAGACCCAGAGGCCGAGUCCAGGCUGGGAGGACAGCAGCUGGACCUUCAUCAGCCCCUCCACCUGUCUGCUGGACCACCUAGGGAAGGGCGCAGCGAUGUCUCGCCUCCUGGAGCCGUGGGCCGGCCUGUUGAACGUGACGCUGGCCGGCGCCCCCUGCAACGCCACGCCACCGCUGACGGACGGCGAGUUGCGACGGGAGUACCAGGGCUGCCAGAACCUGCCGACGGCUUUAUGGCACCAGAAACACCGACUGAGGACCGACUGAGACGCCGACAACCGACACAGAUGCACGCCAGCAGCACAAACCUGUGUGUUGGUGGACGCUGGUGUGUGUUUUAUGUCCUAACUUUGAACUUAGACUGUAACCAUGGCGAUGACAUCCCAGCAGGGGAGUCCUGACCACCAUGUGACCAUUGUGUGCUUGUUGCGAGUGUGUGUUUGUGAGUUCAGCAAGAGGACAGACGCUCUCAGAGACUCACACCGGGUCAGUGUGUGUGUCUGUGUGUGCUGCAGUGUGUGUUAAUGUAUGUAAGUGUCUUUGUGUGUGUGUUUCUGCCGCAUCUCCUGGGCACUUUAACGUUUCAGAUCCAAUCAUGUGUCUCUAUUUUUGUCUUUACAACAGUUUCCCCGUCCACCUUCUCUCUUCCUGCUGCCUCAGUCUUUUUUCCUCUGUCUCUUACAUUUGUUUUGGUUUCUGUCUCAGAUUUUUCCGACCCCGACAUGUCCAAAAUGACUUGAAAUGGGUCCACAAUCCAAAAGGUGUCACAAAAAAGCUCAAAAAUGACUCAAAUGUCAUCCAAUGCCACAACUUGUACAAAGAGACUCAAGAAUGAUCUGAUGUCACAAAUACCUGGAGAAAAUGAUCCAAAAAUGCCAAUGAUGAAUGAAAGAUCAAGGUCAAAAUCACUAGAACCUGUUGCCGCAUGACAAAACUUGUCUAAAACAACUCAAAUUGUGCAUAGAAUUGUCAGAAAAGUGUCCAAUGUGACAAAAACUAGAAAUCAAAAAUGACUUGAAAGUCAGUCUAAAACAACUCAAAAUCAAUCAUUGUUGAAAAACCUGCACAAAAUGACUCGAAAAUGGACGAAUGCGACCAAAUCUGUCCAAAAUGACUCAGAGAAGGUCCAGAAUGUCUCAAAAUUUGCCCACUGUGAUAAAAGCCUGGACAAAAUGACUCAAAGAUUGUCUAAAAUGUCUAAAAAUUUGUAAAAUUUCACAAAGACAUUCACCAAUCAGAAAUGGUCUAAUGUGACAACAUGUGACAAAAAUGACUCAAACAUUAUGCAAAAUGGAUGAAUGUGAUCAAAUCUGUUCAUAAUGAAUCAGAGAUGGUCUAAAAUGCCUUAAAAUUUGUCCAAUGUGAUCAAAAUCGAAACAAAAUGACUCAACGAUUAUGCAAAAUGAUUUAAAGUUGAACGAAAAAUGUCCCAACUACUUGUACAAAGAGACUUAGAAAUGUUCCAAUGUGAUAAAAACCUGUAUAAAAUAAGAACAAUCAGAAAUAAUGUGACAUGUCCAAAAUGACUCAAACAUUAUGCAAAAAUAUUUUCAAAACAACCUGCAUGAAGUGACUCCAAAAUGGACGAAUGUGACCAAAUCUGUCCAUAAUGAAUCAGACAAGGUCCAAAAUAUGUCCAGUGUGACAAAAAAGUCAACAAAAUGACUCAAAGAUUAUGUACAAUGACAAAAAAACUCAAAGUUCAUCUAAAAUGUCUUAAAAUGUUUCCAAUGUCCCAACAACUUGUACAAAAUGACUCAGAAAUGGUCCAGUGUGACAACAUGUGACCAAUAUGACUCAAAGAUUAUGCAAAAUGACAAAAACCUGUACGAAAUGAUUUGAAAAUGGACAAAUGUGACCAAAUCUGUCCAAAACGAUUCAGAGAAUGUCCAGAAUGUCUCAAAAUGUGUCAAGCGUGAUAAAAACUUUAACAAAAUCACUCAAGGCUUGUGCAACAUUGCAAAAAUCCUGGACAAAAUGACUUAAACUUUGCAUAAAAUGUCUUUGUCCAAUGCCCUAACAACUUGUACAAAGAGACUUGCAAAGGUUCCAAUGUAAAAAAAAAAAAACUGUACAAAAUAAGAAAAAUCAGUAAUACAUGUCUUAAAUAACUCAAACAUGAUUAUGAAAAAUGACCAAAAACCUGGACAAAAUAACUCAAAGUUUGUCUGAAAUGUCAUAAAAUGUGUCCAACAUCACAACAACGUAUACAAAGAGACUCAGAAAUAUUCCAAUGUGAUAAAAACUUGAACAAAAUGACUCAAAGAUUAUGCAAAAUGACAAAAACCAGACAAAAUGACUCAAAUUUUGCAUAAAAUGUCUUUGUCCAAUGUCCCAAAAGCUUGUACAAAAUGACUCAGAAAUGGUUCCCUGUGACAACAUGUGACCAGUAUGACUCAAAGUUUAUGCAAAAUGACAAAAACCUGAACAAAACAAUUCCAAAAUGGAUGAAUGUGACCAAAUCUCUCCAAAUUGAAGCACAGAUGGUCCAAAAUGUCUCAAAAUAUCUUCAAUGUGAUAAAAACUUCAACAAAAUGACUCAAAGAUUAUGCAAAAUGAAAAAAAAUGAACAAAAUGACUUAAAGUUAGACAAAAAUGUCUUAAAAUGUGCCCAGUGUCCCAACAACUUGUACAAAAUGACUCAGAAAUGGUCCAAUGUGACAACAUGUGACCAAAAUGACUCAAAGAUUUUGAAAAAUGGAGGAAUGUGAUCAAAUCUGUCCAAAAUUAUUCAGAGAUGGUUCAAAACAUCUCAAAAUAUGUCCAGCAUGUUAAAAUCUCUGGUCUUCUAUGAAACGGCUUCAAUAGACUCGGGCAGAGUUGUGUGAGAAGUCGGAAGGUUAAAGAUUUAGAGGUGGUUUUACUCUGAUGUCGAGGACGAAGCGACUGAGGCGGGAAAUGGGAGACAGAUAUGAUUAAGAUAUGAAGCACUGAGGCUGCCCUCCUGCUACACGGACUGGAAGUGGCUUUUUAAUAAGGCACGAGUGUGUUUUUUGCGCUCCGACACGUGAAACACAAACGGUAUUAACCACUAAUGAUGUCGUCCUCCACUGUCGCUGUGAUUCCUGUCUUCUCUCUCCAGUAGCCACAAGUGUGUCGUUGUACUUACGUUACAAUAGAGGUUUGUCCAAGAUGUUCAGGACGUUUCCGACCAGUCGGCGUGUGCAUAUUCACAGUUUGUGUAUUGAUCUGUACAGAGUGUGAGAUGUAAUUUAGCUCUGAUGUUUCUAGUUGCAUGCAGUAAAUCACAGAAUAUAGUCAAUAAAGUGCUAUUAGAAACCA